AAUGGUCAGCAACUGCCGUAAAUGUGACAAUGUUUUGAUUUUGAAAGAUCAAACAGCUUUUCUGAGCCUGUUUUAAACGUGUUUUAAAGGGUUUGUCAAGAAGAAAGGUGGAAAUAAAAACCUGUCACGUUAGUAUACUUUGUACCUGCGUCAGCUUGAAGAGCUGAUAAGAGACAAGCUCUCGUCACUAACUUGAUGCCCUGCCGAGGAGACGACAAAGGAAGUGGUCAUGAGUUCAUGGAUGAUGGCGGUGGCGUCCGUCCCGCUGCUUCCCGUCAUGGUGGUGGUGUACAGUCGCCAUGGCGACACCAUAACCAAGCUUUGCCGUGGCGCUGUGGCCUGGACGUUGCGUCUGGCCAGAGGACAGGUGUGCGCGCGCACUACGCACGCCUUCGUAUUGGCGCAGAGCACACACGGCCAAGCAGAGAGCGUCCUGGAGACCUUUGACCUCUACGCCCGCACGCACGCCUCCGCCUCCAUCGGCCCUCUUCUUGGUGAGGCAUUAGACGAGGUUGUGGGCCGCGUGCACCCUGACCGUGUCCUAGAACUGGGCACCCACUGCGGCUACACUGCAGUGAGCGUGCUGCGCCUGCUGGGCCCCACUGCCAGGCUGCUGAGCGUGGAGCAGGACCCUCAGGUGGCCGACCUGGCCGAGGAGAUCAUCCUGGUGGCCGGCUUCAAACACGCUCAGUUCCAGGUGUUGACAGGUGAGUCGGGCGAGGUCAUCCCCACCUUGCACUCUUCGCUGGAACCCACACAAGGAAGCGGUGGAGGCUUCCAGCUGGUGCUCAUGGACCAUGACCCCAGGCUGUACCUCCUGGACCUCCUGGCUCUGGAGAGGGAGGGGCUGCUCUGCUCGGCCGGCUGCUCCAUCAUAUUCAUACUCCGGGAGAUGAGAGAGAAAAGUGUGCAGGAACUGAAAGAGUUGACCCGAGAGAGACACCAAACUUACUGCAUCACAUCUCAGAUGGACGCCCUGAUGGAGAUCUCCUUUUCCCAACCAAGCAUCCAAGACCUUUCUACUUUAGGAAAGUAACAUUUCAACUCUAUCAAUUCUUUCCUAUACAUUCCUCAUAGAUAAUAACUAUAAAUUCAAUGAUUUCAUAAAAACUCUACUUUCUAAAAUAAACUAAG